AUGCUCGCUCUCGCUUCCCAUGUCCGCUUCGGCUCUCGACAACUCGCCCCCAACAUCAUCGAGCCUGCUCUCCCGCCGCCCACGCCCCGGCCGAUCCCGAGAGCGACAGACGCGGAUGCAGCCCGGUCGGCCUUGAUCAAGACCGUCGUCGCCAGCCUGCCUCGCCGUCGCCGGGACCUGUCAUGUUCGCUCACCCGCUCGCUCCAACUCCCGCACCUACGUCUCCUCCCCCAUCCUCCGGCGCCGUCGUCAUCCCUCUCCCGCAAGCGCGGAAAUAAGGUUCAGCAUCCGCCGCAGCUCCAACGCCGCUCGCCGCGACGGCGAAGUCUCCUCGGGCCAAGGCAAAGAAAGGGCCCUACCUACCAUGUCGCCUUUCAUCGGUCGACUUCGUCCCUCCCUUCUGCUCGUUGCGAUAGAAAACCCUCCUCCCGCGAAUGCGGUCCCACGACGACGACGACGGCCGAUUCGUCAUCCUCCUCCUCCUCGGAGCCGACGGCGAACGAGGCUCGAACGUCGACCUCGAGCGACGACACACUGCGCGAAGGCGCCUCCGGCCACGGUGCGCCCCCGGCCACGGCGACGGCCACGGCGGGCGCCGUCGAUGCCGACGAGAGGUCCAGCAUGAACGCUCCUCCUGAUCAGGCGGAGAACGGUUCGGACGACGGCGACAGGACCGACGCCGCCACCAUCUACCCGGCGUCACACUACCCCCGCGCGGCGAGUCCGCGCGGGACUGCCAUGCACUACUACCAAGACGACCCGAACGCCGACAUCGCCGCCUCGACCCGAUCAAUAUGGGUGCCCGACCUCGACUAUCGCGACAUCCACGGCCGCCGCUACGCGCGAGAGUACUACAUGCCCAACGACGAGAUCGAGCAGCUUCGCCUGUCGCUCCAGCACCAAGUCUUCCUCCACCUGCUCGACGGCGAGCUGACGUGCGUCGAGCUCAACGACCCCACCUUCGUCCUCGACGUCGGCACCGGCACGGGCGAGUGGGCCAUCCGCAUGGCCGAGAUGUACCCCGACUGCGAGGUCGUCGGCACCGACAUCUCGGCCAUGGCCGACACCAAGCGGGUGCCGCUCAACGUCUUCUUCGAGAUCGAGGACGCCGAGGAGUGGGAGCGGCCGGCCGACCACUACGACCUCAUCCACUUCCGGUGCCUCGAGGGCGCCUUCCGCGACUGGCGGUCCAUGUACGACUCGGUCUACAACUCGCUCAAGCCGGGCGGCUGGAUCGAGAUGAUCGACUUUGACAGUCUCGAGUCGGUCAAGAUCUGGUUCACCGCCUUCUCCGAGGGCUCGCCCAUAUUCGACAUGGCCGGCGACUUGGAGAUUGCGGCCGAGAAGAUCGGCCGGAAGCGCGGCAUCUCCCACAUGGACCCCCAGCUCCUCAUGGAGGCCGGCUUCGUCGACGUCCGCGUGACGGAGCACUCGAUCCCCAUGCGCGUCGGCGAGAAGUCGGCCGGCAAGCUCUGGCUCAUCUCCUGCCUCGACGCCCUCGAGGCCAACUGCCUGCGCCUCCUGACCCAGGUCAUGGGCUGGGACCCCGACAAGUGCAAGGCCGCGUGCGAAAAGGCCGCCCGCGAGCUGGCCCAGCUCGCCAAGGACCCCGUCAAGGCCAAGGGCCUGCUGGUCAAGGCGCGGACCGUCAUGGCGAGGAAGCCGCAGGAAGCCGGUGCCUCGAACGAGGACCCAGCAUACCACGCAGGCUGGCCGACGGCCGACUAG